AUGGCAAACACCUCCCUAGCUACACUCCCAGUUGAGCUCCUCACGCUGAUCAGCUCCUAUUUAUGCCCCCUGCGCUGUGGGAAAUAUCCCUACAGCGUGAGUCAGAAGCACCUCUCCAGACUCAGUCGCACAUGUCGUCGGCUCCGCGAUGUCUGCCAACCGCUUCUGUUCGCCUACUACCGCCAUUCCUCCCAAUCCGCGACGUCUCUUCUCUCUUUUCUCCGCACACUGGAUGCUCGUCCUGGUCUCGCAAAUUACGUGACGAAUCUGGACUUUCAUGAGCCAGGCCAAGACGAUACCCUCAACGACGAAGAUCAACAGCUAGUGGAGAGCUGCAUCGCCAAGCUCGGACUGCCCUCAUUGCCGGCCGACUGGCACGACUAUCUCGGCGUGGAACGACGACUACUUUCGGCAGAACUUGUAGUCGCGUCGUGUCCGAAUAUCGAGGUCCUCAGGCUGCCCAUGAACCCGGAAUGGAUGAUGAGCGUGGUUGCCUCGCUUCCAAAGGACUUUGUCUUUGCAAAGUUGAAGAAGCUAGAUAUUUGGCUUUACUAUGUCAGUGGCGACCACUAUGGUAUUGGGUACGGGAAGAUUAGCGGGCUGUUGCAUGCGUCACCGAACCUGGAGCAUCUCUCUCUUCCCUCCAUCGAGACAUUUUAUCCCGGCGCAGCGGGAGUACCUACCCUAGAGAAGCUGAGGCACCUCGAUCUCGGUGAGGGUGCGCCGUCGCCGUAUUUUCUCAAGUGUGUUUUAGAGGCGUGUCCGAAUCUCGAGAAGUUCCGAUUGCAUUGGGUCGAUUCGGACGGAUACGACGAAGACUCCGAAGAGUGGUCGCCUUUAGAUGGAUGGCGCGCCCUGAAACAUGUUCAGAGCUCUGUCCGCGAGAUCAUCUUUGAAACCGUUAUUGAGUUCCGGGACGAUGACAACCUUGAAGAAGGCGUUUCGACGCUGCGCGACUUUGCACACUUGGAGAUCCUCAAAGUCAAUAGCUUCGCUCUGCAAGCGCUGUAUAAGGUCUGGACACAUCAUAACCGCCACGGCAGUAUGGAGGGAUUCGUAUACCAAGUGUUUCCCUCCGCGAUUGUGGAGCUUACUAUCUGGGAUCCCUAUGCGUCUUUAAUUGAGGCUGUCCGUCUUCUCGCUCGAGAGUCAGCUCGCGAGCAGUAUCCCCAUCUAGCGAGGAUAACGAUUUCUCAGUCCGAAUGUCUAUCGAGUUAUAGUUUUGAUGCGGUGCAGUGGAUCAGACAAGAAGCCUCUGUGAGGCGGGAGUUUGAGUGUUCGAGGAUAGAGUUGUGCAUGGAACUGCCACCAGCCCUCGAUUACCCAGAUUUCCCCUAUUCUUAA